AUCCGUUCUCUUUAUUAUACGCACGCCAAACUGCAACUAUGCAUUGAGUAACGCUUCAGAAAAGAGGUUUUACUAACAUUGGUCGCGAUCGAAACUGUCAUGAGGUCCACACUUAUGUAACAUUUUGUAUGUGAAUUAGAAUUAAUCACUGAUAACCGUUUGUUUACCUACUGCAGAAGGGUAAUCCAGUCUCCACUAAAUAGUUACGAUGUUACGACGCUGCUCGAAGCAUUUACAGACGUUAUACCGGAGGCAGGGGCAGGCUCUCCGGUACCGUUCCACUGAGGUGCCCAAAGUCCUUGGAACCCUUCAAGCCAAACUCAACAAGCCCAGGGUCCUAACUGCCCACAACCAAAUAGCCUCCAUACACUUCACCAAUCCGCUCUUCGAAGAACAGGAUGUCAAGACCCCAAGCUUCCCCGACUCUGUCUCUGAAGGAGACGUGAAGCUGGACAAGAAGGUCGGCGACGCUGUAGCGGCUGAUGAGGUGGUCCUCGAAAUUGAAACUGACAAGACAGCUAUCCCAGUCAUGUCGCCAGGGAACGGUGUCAUCAAGGAGUUGUACGUGAAAGACGGUGAUACCGUCAAAGCUGGGCAGAAGUUGUUCAGGAUAGAUAUAACUGGUGAAGCGCCGAAGAAAGAGGCGCCGGCUGCUCCCGAGCCUCCUAAAGCCGCCGCGGAGCCCCCUCCGCCGCCCCCGCCUCAGCCUUCCUCGGCACCCCCAUCGCCACCACCCCAGGCAGCCGCCCCACCGCCGCCACCACCACCGAAACCCUCAACUCCUCCUCCCUCUGCACCAGCUUCAUCCAUCCCCGUGGCAGCGAUCCGACACGCGCAGUCCAUUGAAACGGCCACAGUGAAAGUUCCACCGUCGGAUUACAGCAAAGAGAUUGCGGGCACGCGAACGGAGCAGCGCGUCAAAAUGAACCGGAUGCGACAACGCAUCGCUCAGCGUCUGAAGGACGCGCAGAACACGAACGCCAUGCUGACAACGUUCAACGAAAUCGACAUGUCCCACAUCAUGGCAUUCAGGAAGAAGUACCUCGACUCCUUUACCAAGAAACACAGCGUGAAACUAGGUCUCAUGUCGCCGUUCGUGAAGGCAGCAGCAAACGCUUUACUCGACCAGCCAGUAGUGAACGCUGUUAUAGAAGAGAAUGAGAUCAUAUACCGCGAUUACGUAGAUAUUUCCGUAGCGGUCGCAACACCUAAAGGUUUAGUGGUACCAGUCAUUAGGAACGUCCAGAAUAUGACGUAUGCUGAUAUUGAAUUGACGGUCGCCGGGUUGGCGGAGAAAGCGAAAGGCGGGAAGUUGACCAUAGAGGAGAUGGAUGGAGGUACCUUUACGAUAAGCAACGGUGGAGUUUUUGGUUCUUUGAUGGGCACCCCUAUUAUCAACCCGCCACAAUCGGCCAUUUUGGGUAUGCACGGGAUAUUCGAACGCCCCAUCGCAAUUAAUGGUCAGGUGGUGAUCCGACCAAUGAUGUACAUCGCUUUGACUUACGACCACAGGCUGAUCGACGGUCGUGAAGCUGUCCUGUUCCUUAGAAAGAUCAAAGAGGGAGUAGAAGACCCGGCCACGAUCAUCGCUGGAUUGUAAUUAGAUAAAGAAAUACGGCGCUUCCGGCGCGCAACUGCCAAUGCAGGAGGUUACCAAUUAAAGCAUAAUUCCAUUUUUAAGAGUCAGUGCUGAGAGAUCUUAUUACACAUACAGGCUGUAUGGUCGUGCGACUUUUGCUCGACUGCAAGCUGUGUGCAAAUUAAAAUAAAUACGUUCGAUAUUCAAAAACUUUUAAUGGCGGCCGUGAGUGCCGUAUCUUUUUGGCGCUGAUUGAGCAAUUUGAUCAUUGUAAAUUAUUUCACUAUUAAUUUAGUAGCGAACUAGAUAUUAUCAGAUCUUUUAAUAUUU